UGUACAAUGUGAAAUACGGCUCUUCGAUAAAACCUGUAAUCUUGGUAUUAUUCACGUUGUGAGAGGGCGUAAACAAGACAUCCUCUCUCUCCACGAUAUGACUGACCUCUGACGUAGGGCGAGCGAGCCUUAGCCCCGACCCACCUUUUCUCCAGAGCGCCUAUUCCAAAGAAUGCACCUUGGUCACCGACAAUAUCUAUCUCCCUCCUAUUGUCGUCGCCUUCCCACAACCUUUCAUUCACUCCCGCCGCCUUUUUAAUCUCAUGCUUUACACAUGGAGAAACUCAUGCAAUCAACUCCCCAGGUGCCUUAUGAUCGAGCUUUACGAUAAUACUUAAGACCUCGCCUCAUCCAAGAGUACCCCGCAUCUGAUUCCGUGUUGACGGACACGAUCACCUUAUUUCGUACUCUCGUUUCAUUUCCAGGAGACCAGAAAAUCUCCAUCAUGCGCGACCUAAGACGCCAGGCUCUGGAGAGCGGGAAGACGGUCUCGAAGAAAGCGCAGUCGCGCAUGUCUUCCCGGACCUCGUCAGCGGCAAACUCGCGCUCAAACUCGACAAAUCCGAGUCGCCAUGGCUCGGACGACGAGGAGGGGAACAUGAGUGAUAGCACAAACUGGAGUAUCAACUCCAUCGAUGAUAUGAUCUUGAGUAGCCCGGACAAUCCGACCGACUGGAAACAAGAUCUCGCUGAUCGGAUGGAAGAAAUCAUAGACCGAAAAAGAAGCAGUAUCCAGGGCAGAGAAGCCACUCUCGCUGCUUAUACUCACAUUCUUAUGAGUCGAUACGCAUUUUCGGAAAUAGAACAUAAGCUCUCGGAACUGUAUCCUGCCUUGCUGAAAAGCAUCAAGGCAGAGAGCAGUGAGAAGGAAACAUGUCUUGCCCUGAAAGCUAUUGCACUCUCCCUGAUUACUGCUCCUUCGGACGCCGCUUAUGAUGCAAUUUUCCGAGCGCUGAAGCAUGCAUAUACCGAUUCAGAAUACCACAGUGUGAAAGCGGCGGCGAUUCACACACUAGCUGCAGCGGCAAUGUAUGGUGGCGCAUCAGACAGGGAAAUCGAAGAGAUCAUGGACGAUUUCCUCGAAGUCAUCGAGUCAGAUGGCGAAUCGGUGGGAGCAGGCGACAGUGGCGAGGUGGUAGCGGCCUUGUGUGAAGAAUGGGGGUUUCUGGCUACUUCAAUAGAUGAUGUUGAAGACAAGACCGAGGCGGCGAUGGAUGCCUUCGUGGAACAACUUGACAGCAGCGAUACGUCGGUGCAAGUUGCCGCUGGGGAGAACAUUGCUCUGCUCUACGAGAAGAGUUAUACAGAGCGUGAAGCAGAUGAUGCGCCUGCCACCGAGGAGGAGGAUGAGGAAGGAUAUCCCAUUGAUCAGAGUUAUGUCAAGCGCUACGAGGUCUACCGACAAAAGAAUCAACUCGAGCACACACUUUCCAAGCUGGCCAACGAGUCGUCAAAGAGAAUUGCCAAGAAAGACCGCAAAGCGCUUCACGCCAGCUUCGCUGAUAUCCUUAACACGGUCGAACACCCCUGGCGGGGACCGCGAUACCAAAAUGCGAUCGAUCAGGAGACGGGACGAAGAUAUGGGUCUAGGAUGACGGUUCGCAUUCACAAGACCGGAAGUAUGAAGAUAGACCGGUGGUGGAAGCUGCAUAGACUACAGGCACUUAGAAGAGUCCUUGGUGGAGGAUUCGUGGUUCAUUAUGAGAACAAUGAGGUGGUCUUCGAUAGCCUUCCGAUCAUGAUAUCCACCGACAGGUGAAGCUAGUUGAUGGAAAGGAAUAGAGGGACUGGCAGACAUGUUUGGCAAGUUCUUCUUGGGUUUGGACUGGAAAAGACCGGGGCGUUUAAAUGUUUUAAACUUGAAAGAAAAAAUACGCAAUACCCUGAAGCGCUUACCCCGAUAUAUGUAAUUCUUUGCCAACGAGACAAGAUCGUGGCUCGUUGGGUUUCCUCAAUUACUAGUAGGCGAAAAAGAACGACGAAUGAAAAUGGCCAGAUGCGCACGGUUUUGCC